AUGUCCUUGGAAAUAAAUAAAGAACCUGACAUAAUGAAAGAUACAGCACAGAAACAUUCAAAUGAUUCUCUACAUGUUUUCCCCUCCUGGACUUCAUCAGAUGAAGAUUUGAUCCACGAACCUACUAUAAACGCUUACAUUAAAUUGCUAUUCAACAAACAAGACGAACUUGAAGAUGAAUUAACAAAAUUGCUAUUGUCACCUCGAAGUGAGGAAAUUAUCAAGAAAAGACAAGAAACUGAGGAUGAACUCUCAGAUGUGAGAAAAUACAUCAAAGUGUUCAACGAAUCUUUAGAUUUUGAGGAUUUGGCUGAACCAAAUAACUUGGUCACAAAGGAACCAUCAAAAAUGAAUAACAAGGCAAUUGGUUCUAGAUUGGUUAAUAUCAAAGGUGAAGAUAUAGCAUACGAUGGUCGUCUUGAUACUUAUCAAUUUACUUCGAAGUUAAAGAGUAUUAAAAACUACCCAAGAUGGCUUGAAGAAUUUAAGGAGUUCCUUGGAGCACAUAACUUCGACGAUAUCACAGAAUUGUCAAAUGAGACAAUUAUCUCACCAGCUGAGAAUCAUGUUCUCAUGAAAAUACUUAAAAGUACUAUCCAAGAUCCAAAAAUGGCAUACUUCUUGAAAUCAGUCAAUUCGGCCAUAAUCUUAUUAAAUAAGAUUGAUAAAAAAUAUCAUAAAACUUUUACAAUGCCAUUUAGAGAGAUAUUAUGGAAAGAUAUUUCAUUAAACAAGAAUUCUAUUAAUCUGGAAAAGCAACUUUCAGAUGCUUCUGUCUUAAUCAAAUUGGAUAUACAUUUUGGUAUUUUAAAGAAGUAUGCCAUCACUGAUUUACGUAAGCGUACUAAUAAAUAUGUUAUUGAAUUAAUUCAAUUAGAACAUGGAAAUCCAUAUAAUAUAGAUGCCUUGUCAUUUCUUGGAUAUAUCGAAGAAACGAUUAAUGAAGAAAUAAAAGAGGAUCUCGAAAGAGGCAUAAAACCCAUAGAAAAAGGGAAACCUUUUGCUACCUCAAAAGUAUCUAAUACUCUUAGACAAAACCAAGAAAAAUGUCCUUUACCAUACCAGGUUCCAGUAGUUUAUACUAAUCGAUCCAUGUGCUACAAAGAGGCAAUCGCCAAAAAUACCAAUAUGGAAGAAAGAAAGUUAUUCCAAGAGGCUUAUAAAAAGGAACUUCGUAAUUUAAAACGUAUGUUGGUGUUUGAUAUAAAGGCAGGAAUUCCUCGAAAUCAAGUUAAUGGAGAAAAAAUCAUUCCAGUUAAAACUAUCUUUACUGUUGAACAGGAUGGAACACACAAAGCCCGUAUAGUAUGUCGUGGCGAUCAACAGACUCCGUCUACUUAUGGAGACAUUAGCACCGCUCUGUUAGAUAUGGAUACCUUAAAAUUAUUGUUAAUGAUCGCUAACAAUAGCAAGAUGGUGAUACAAACUUUAGAUAUAAAUAAUGCAUUUCUAUAUGCUGAUCUAAAGGAGGUGAUAUAUAUACCACAUCCGUAUGAACCGAAGAAAGUGGUUCAACUAAAUAAAGCGUUAUAUGGAUUAAAGCAAAGUAUGAAAAAAUGGAAUGAUCAUUUAAGAAAAUAUCUAAAUAGUUGUGCACUCUAUGACACGGAAUAUACGCCAGGCUUGUUCAUGAAUAAAGAAAAAACCAUUAUCAUCGCAGUCCAUGUCUCUAACUGUAUUAUAGCCGCUAAUAACAAAAUGACACUAAAAAAGUUUAUUAAUAAUCUAAAAGAAACCUUUGAAUUAAAAAUAGUCGGAACCAUGGAAAAAGGUAUACUAAAAACUAAUUUUUUAGGAAUGGACUUAUACUAUGACAUAAAGAAAGGAGAGAUAUCUUUAUCAUUGGAAACAUACUUAAAAGGUAUAGAAAAUGAUUGGAUCGAUGAACUAAAGUACAUAAAUUUCGACAACUGUCCUCAUUGGUCAAGCUACAAUAACAAAAAUAAAGUAAUUCCAACUCUUUCAGAAGCAAGGAAAAAGGAAAUUACAAAAAAACUCCGAAUAAUGUCAGGAAUAAUAAAUUAUAUAAUGACAAGAUGUCGUUAUGAUAUUGCAUUUGCUGCAAAUAAAUUAGCAAGAAUAGUUAAUUCGCCAGAUGAGCAAUCGAUAAAAAUAGCUCAAAAAAUAUUAAAAUAUCUUUUAACGACAAAAAAUCAAAGAUUAAUUUAUAGAAGAGAAACUGUAAGCAAACCGAUUAUAAAUAUAGUAAUAGAUGCAUCUUUAGGUACAGAAUGGGAUUUCAAAUCUAGAAUUGGUGUCAUGGUUUGGUAUGGCAGAAAUCUAUACAAAGUUAUAUCAAGAGCGACAACCUCAAUUAGGGCGUCAUCUACCGAAGCUGAACUAGAUGCAAUUUAUGAAGGCUUCCAGGAAGGUAGAUUAUUGAAGAGAGUCUUGGAAAAACUAAUAAUAUCCAAUAAUAUUAAUAUUAAUAUUUUUAUCGACUUAAAGCCAAAUGUCCAGUUUUUAAAGAAGGAUUAUAGAUCCAAGAAAAGAGAUAAAUUUUUAGAUCUGAAACUAGCAAAACUCUCAGAACAAGUUCGAAGGGGCAUAAUUGUGAUAGAAAAUAUAUCUGGUAUAUUUAAUGUUGCUAAUAUUUUAACCAUACCAGUAACGACAAAUCAAUUUAAGAAAUUAAUUGAAUGUUUAGAGAACAACUUAAACCCCGAAGAUAUUGUUCAUAUAACUGAACUAAAAGAAUCAGAAUCCAAGAACAAAGAGAAGAUGUUGAUGAUCAGCUAA